CCAAUAUCAAGAGCUCUAUUCUCUCUUAACUCUUUUGAUCAAGUAGUUAUCAAAAUGAAGAGCUCUAUGCAGUUAAUCUCUACACUCUUCUUCCUAGUCAUACUUGUUGUCGCACCAGGUAUGAAGAUGGUUGUUGAAGGACAACCACAAUUGUGCGAAACGAAAAGCUUAAACUACAGGGGGUUGUGCUUGAAAUGGAGGAGUUGCAAGCGAGUAUGUAUUAGCGAAGGUUUCCCUGAUGGUCGAUGCAAAGGAUUCUUCAACAACAAAUGUGUUUGCAGGAAGCCUUGUGCUCUUCUUUCUACCGAAAACUAG